UAAAGUCAGAAGCAACAAUGGGUCAUAAUCAGUUAACUGACCCACUUGCUACUCUUAGUAUUAUUAAAAGCUGCUUCCUUUUCUUGUCCUUCUUCUGCACAAUCUGUCAAUGGAAGCUUUGAUCUUCAAGAUCAGGCUUCUUAUUCUUGCUUGGUUCCAUUUCAGAUCUCAUUCAGGUUCAAUAUCCUUGGUGAAACAUUUUUCUUAUAAAGAUAUAAAGAAAGCAACUGAUGGUUUUAGGAGAGUUGUUUAUAUCUCUUCCAAAAGAGUUGCUUACAGAGCCAAAUUUCGAAAUGGCCAUGCUGCGAUAGUAAAAGAAGUCCGAGCUGCUGAAGAUCAGGAUGAUACUGCCUUCUAUAGGGAGGUACAGUUACUCGGUCGUUUGCAUCAUCGGCAUAUUGCUGCACUUAGUGGGUUCUCUAGUGGCCCUAAGAGGUUUCUAGUCUUUGAAGAUAUGGAAAAAGGAAGUCUGAAGGAGGAACACCUCUCUGAUCCUCUGAAGACUCCAUUAAACUGGAGAAUACGGUUGCAGAUCGCCGUUGGCAUUGCUGCUGCUGUGGUAUGUUCCUGAAGCUGCAUAUCUUGUACUUAUGUUGAAUAUUUCUGGUGGCGGAAACGUAAAAGAAAGAACCACAAGAUUUAACGUGGUUCGAAUCAAAAUAAUCCUACGUCCACCAGAGA